GAUUGGCCUAUAAUCCCGGAAUAGGCGUUAACCUCAGGAAGGCAAUGACAAGAUGGCGUCUCUGGAUCGAGUGAAGGUACUGGUUUUGGGAGACUCAGGUGUUGGGAAAUCUUCCUUAGUUCAUCUCCUGUGCCAGAAUCAAGUGCUGGGAAAUCCAUCGUGGACUGUGGGCUGCUCAGUAGAUGUCAGAGUUCAUGACUACAAAGAAGGAACUCCAGAAGAGAAGACCUACUAUAUAGAACUGUGGGAUGUUGGAGGCUCUGUGGGCAGUGCCAGCAGUGUGAAAAGCACAAGAGCAGUGUUCUACAACUCUGUAAAUGGUAUUAUUUUAGUGCAUGACUUAACAAAUAAGAAGUCAUCCCAAAACUUGUACCGUUGGUCAUUGGAAGCUCUAAAUAGGGAUUUGGUGCCAACUGGAGUCUUGGUAACAAAUGGGGAUUAUGACCGGGAACAGUUUGCUGAUAACCAAAUCCCAUUGUUGGUAAUAGGGACUAAACUGGAUCAGAUUCAUGAAAACAAGCGUCAUGAAGUUUUAACUAGGACUGCUUUCCUGGCUGAGGAUUUCAAUGCAGAAGAGAUCAAUUUGGAUUGCACAAAUCCACGGUACUUAGCUGCAGGUUCUUCCAAUGCUGUCAAGCUCAGUAGGUUUUUUGAUAAGGUCAUAGAGAAGAGAUACUUUUUAAGAGAUGGUAAUCAGAUUCCAGGCUUUCCUGAUCGAAAAAGGUUUGGGGGAGGAACAUUAAAGAGCUUACAUUAUGACUGAAUUACACUCAUCCUUUGGAAGAGUGAGCAAGCGGUGGCAGUUUUUCACAGCUUUCUUCUUGCUGUGUCGAUUAUUAAUGUCUCAGCCUUUUAAUGAAAUCAUCUUAAAAUGCCACCCUUCAGCCUCACCCUUUAAUGGAAAACUGAAAGGAAGUAACAGCGCGGGAGGUCCAGACUUUGUCCUCAUUCUCUCUAUUCUUCACCUUUCUGUCCCUGUUUAUAGAUUAUAUAAAAACCUUGUGGAAAUAUGAGAUGUCAAAAUGAUGCAGUAAAUGAGCAGUGACAGAAUGCUGCAGAGAAAAUUUAUUCUUGCCUAGAACUGGAAGAUUUUUAUGGGUCUGUAAUUUUCCCACACUCAUUGCUGAAGGCUUAAUUAAGUACUUCAGAAAUGUAUCUCCAUUGUUUUGCCUUCUGAGGGGAAAGGUUAUGUUAACCAGCCCUGAGUUGUCCACCCCAAACAAUCUCUGUCAUUUUCAAAGAAGCAAAAUGGUAUUAUUUAAUUGUCUCCACCUUCAUCACACACACAAGGAUGCCUAAUAAUAGCAACCCUUGUCUCUCUGUCUUCUCUUUUGCAAAUGGCUCAGUGGCUGGAAGAGGCAAACUAAUAGCUGGAGUUAAAUAUAAAUAGAUUAAUAAUACAUAGAGAACAGCAGUACCAGUAAAGAAGAAUUCUGCAAGAAAUUGACAGCUCACUAAAUCCUUCACUCUUUAGGUUACAGCUGUCUGCACCCUCUUACUGUUUUCUGUUUGGAAAAAGGCGGGGUGAAAUCUAAGACCUGCACAAGGGCAGUAAGAGGGAUUUACACCCUCUUCAGUUUUUAUUUUUAUUUUUGAAGGAAAAGUCAACUCCUAAAAUGUCCCUUAACUAUAGUCCAUAAACUAAGAAUAUUAUUCUUUGUGUUAACAAUGCAUUUAUGGAGAGAAGUAAAAAUAAGUUCCACAGCAACACAUUUACAUGAAUUAUGGACUAGGAUUCUUGGAUUUCAUAAUCUAAAAUUUUGGGGGUGGUGUGUGUGUAUAUGCAUAACUGUUCAUCGUUACUUUUUUUACCCAUCUUUUUUGCUUGUAUAAUUCCCUUUGCCCCAGUUCUUUAUUAAUAUAUAAACCUGUUUUGCAAAAAUUGUAAUUUGCUGCCUUAUUCAACAACACCUUUUCACACAUAUUCUGUCUCUAGCUUUGCUGUAAGACUCCACACUCCUGAUUUUGCUCCAUAUUAAAGUAUAAUAAUAAUAUAA